AUGUUCCGUUUGUUCCAGCUGUGCGGUUUCGUCGUCUUGGCUUCCCUUCGCCAGAGUACCUCGGUGCGCCCGGCACGCAGCAUGGAUGACCAGGCCGAUGUGAUGCAGGGCAGCUCUCAGCCUCAGCUCAAGAGCAACGCGACUCGAGUUGGAUACCCCCCGUGCGAUCGGACGAAGUCCAUCGCAGCUCAAAUCCCAGCCGUGGGAUGUAACUGUGGCGCGCCGAUGAAACCCGUGGAUAUGAGCGGUGGCUGUCACUCGGUCUGUGGCAAGAGAACGGCCGGCAAGCACUUCGGUGAUACCCUUAUGCAUGGCGUCUCGGGGUCCUCCUCCACACCGGAGCUCUUGUCCGGUUUGAUCAAGGGCAUCUUCUACAUCGGCAUGCAUGGUGUAGGGGCAUUGCCGGAUAAGGACAAGCUCCAGGUUUGUGUGGCCACCUUCGACUUCAUCCACAGAAAGUGCCCGGCCCGGAAACAGAAAGGCUGCGAGAUGAAGGCCAAUUUCGAAAGACUGCCACGCUGCAGCGGUGUUUGGGAGAGCCUGGGCCAGAACAACGGGGAGUACGUAUGCAAAGUGAUCGACUGGUGGGAUGCUUGCUGCGAGGACAGGGAGCCGCUUCCCCUUGAGGAGCAGUCCUGUGCAGGCUGUGGCCAAGACAUGUACUUCUGCAACUGUGAAAAUAUCGGCGACGGUGUGAGGCCAACGCACCGGUAG